AUGGAUGACCCUCGUCGCCGCCAGUUUCAUAGUUGUGACCCCUGUCGCAAGGGCAAGAGGCGCUGUGAUGCUCCCAGCAACCGGGAAAAUGGUAACUUUGAUUCUUGCACUAACUGCAAGCGAUGGAAGAAAGAGUGCACAUUUACCUGGCUCUCCUCGAAGCCAGCGAAGCGUGCGGACCCCAAAGGACGAGCAAGACUGAAACCGGGCGUUUCGACUACUUCUAGCAAACCUAGUACUGUUAGCGACCCUAGCACUACUAGUAACCCUAGUAGUAAUAGCGGUGGGACACCUCCUGAUCCAAGUCGCGUUGUCCCUUCCAUGGUGGGCUCCUAUAGUGCCCUCGUGGACGAGGGACCGCCAUCUGCUUCGCAAUGGUAUCCUACCAACCCCAAUGAUAUGUUCGCUUCCUCAAAUAUUGUACCCCCUUCUUCAUCCUUGCUUCCAGGAGGCACCGUUAUUGGAGACGGGCUGGGCCCAAGUGGUGGCUCAUCCGGUUUAUUCUCGUGGAAUAUGAGCGUUCCAAAUGACUGGCAGGUCAAGGAUGUGACUGAAGAUCCUGGUAAUUCGUUUAGUGGACUCGAACCUGAAGCAGUUUUCCCUGAUCCUACUCUACCAAAUGCCCUUGACAACACAUUCGAUGUGGUCCAACAACUACAAGACUCAUCCUACCCUUCCUCUUCCUCUUUUGAAUUCACACCCCCCGAUUCAUCAACGGUCGAGUCUAAUCGGCGGGAAAAGAAACAAAAUCCUCAAUGGAGCUUUUGCCUCGCUUCCGACAAUACAGCUGAUAAAUAUGCUCGUUCAACGAUGACGCGCAAUUUGAUCCGUAUUUACCACGACAGUAUGGAGAACGCGUUGUCAUGCUGGUUGACGGAGCACAACUGCCCUUAUACCGAUAAAAUAAGCAGCCUGCUUCCAUUUAAUGAAAGAAAGGAAUGGGGUCCCAGCUGGUCGAACAGGAUGUGCAUCCGGGUCUGUCGGUUGGACCGCGCAUCCUCUUCAAUACGUGGCCGAGCGUUGAGUGCGGAAGAGGACAAGACCGCAGCCCGGGCUCUCCACCUGGCCAUCAUGGCAUUUGCCUCACAGUGGACUCAGCAUGCUCAAAGAGGGUCAGAUUUAUACGUCCCCGCCCCGAUCGACUAUGACGAGCGAUCUAUCCGGAAAAACGUUUGGAAUGACGCGCGCCACGCCUUAGAGCACUCGACAAGGAUACCCUCUUUCCGCAUUAUAUUCGCAAACAUCAUAUUCUCAUUAACCCAGAGUCCUUUGGACCAUAGUCAAGACGAACGCCUAGGUCAGCUGUUGGAAACUGACGGUGCGCCUUUCUUUCUUGAAACCGCCAAUCGCCAGCUUUACAACUUUAGACACAAGUUCGCCAGACUCCAGCGGGAGGCACCUCCCUCUCCAAGUGUGAGGGAGCUUCGGAGGGGGUCGGUAGGAUCGACAAUGACUGAUGUACUUGAGAUGCCGACGUCUUCUGCUUCUGAGUCUCCCCAGGUCGAUCCGAUUCUCGAUAGCCAGGACCACCGCACUACUCUCGGUCUUAUGUUCUGGCUGGGGGUCAUGUUUGACACCUUGAGUUCUGCAAUGUACCAGCGACCAUUAGUGGUAUCAGAUGAGGACAGCCAGAUUGCAUCAGCCUCGCCUCUGAUAGCCGAACCGGAAGAGCAAAUCGACUUAGACUGCUUUAAUAUCCCCCAAAACGGAGUGCGUAAAAAGCAGGACGUAUGGGGCGACUUUUUCCUCCGCAGUUCCCUUGAGCGCCAGGAAUCCACACAAAUACAGAUAAGAUGGCCAUGCUCCUAUGAAGAUGCUGCGGCCGUUCUCUCCGAGGCAACACCCGUCAAAGUCCUGCUUUACCGCCGCAUCACACAACUCCAAACCCUAAUAUACCGAGGGGCAAGUCCUGACCGACUUGAGGAAGCCAUUCAGAAGACUCUCCUAGUCUAUCAGCACUGGAACUCCAUAUACCAGGGCUUCAUGCUCGACUGUGUCGCUAACCACGAAUUCCUCCCUCCUCGUAUUCAAUCGUGGUACGUGAUUCUUGACGGCCACUGGCAUCUCGCCACCAUGCUUCUAGCAGACAUUGUAGAAAGCAUCGACAAUGGACGGCUCGGUUCGAAGCUCGGCCGCGAGGCUCGACAAGCCACAGACUUUGUCUCAAAUCUACGAAUUGAUAAUGCAUUGGCGGUCGGUGCCCUUGCUCGUUCAUCACUACACGGACAAGACCCCGUCAUGCUCCGCUAUUUCCACGAUUCCCUUAACGAGGUGGCUUUCCUCGUUGAGCCGUGGACAGUUGUUCUCGUCCAUUGUUUCGCCAAGGCAGCAUCUAUCUCGCUGGAAAGCAUACAUGUUAUACCUGGUGAGCCCAUGGACGUAUUGUCGGAGAGAUUCCGGCAGAACUGCGAGUUCUGUAUCUGUGCGCUUCAGUAUCUUGCAAGGAAGUCGGAUAUGGCUUUCUUGGUGUCGCGGAAUUUGUCCAGGUCGUUGGAUCUGAAGCUUGGCCGGAUACCAUGA